AUGAUUUUUGCGGAGUACGUGCAGAAUAUACCCCUGGUUUCCAUUUUCUAUGCUCGCUUUCAUGAGACGAAGGGUGCUAUUAUCGAAUACACCUAUCCUGAAGGAUCCUUUCCUCAACCACUGCAAACUUUCUCCAAGAAAUUGCUGAUUCCAAAGGAUGAACUCAUGGGAAAAGUUAUAACUCUGCGGACAAGCCUAGAAGAUGAAGAGGGCAAAGCAUCCCAGUAUAAAAUCAUCAACUGUCCAGUUAUGGUCGAGAAUAACGCUCGUUACACUCGUUAUCAAUUCAAAUUCAAUUUUGGCUUCAUAUUAAAAUGGGAUUAUGAUAAGAACGCCGAGGAGGAACCGUCGACGGAGUAUUUCAGAUCAAGUCCUUUUGCACCUCUUGUAAAGAAACUAGCCGAAGACAUGAGGAAAAUUGAGAACGAAGAACAAUGGCUUUCGAACGUUGCUAAUGAGAACGAUGAAAGCAACGGCAUUCCACAGCUGCUUGAAAACAUGUUCGUCGGAUUGAGAAAAGACGGCUUUGUUAAUAUCCCCGUCGGUCUUGAAGGCAGGAACGAGAUUUACCUUCGAGUUUUCCCGCCAACUGUGCUGCCGAACGAAGUAAGAGUCCAUCACGUUCCCGUUUUGCUCGACGAGAAGAUACAGCGACUUGAGUACGCUGACCUGACUGUUCAAGAGAUGAUCGGCAGGAUCGACGGCAUCAAUCAUAUAAAAAAAAUCUGUGGCGAGCAUCACCGAGACAUGACUCCACAGAUAGCGUGUCUCACGAUUCGCGAUUUGUGUUUCGCUGGUGUCUGCAGAUUAGAUCGUAUCUUUAAAUUCUCCAAUCGCUACAGAACAACUGAAAAACUCGACGAGCUUUACAAGGCGAUGCUUCUUCGAAACCCGGAAUCGGAGAUAGCCGUCUACGAAUUGAGCUCAAUUGAAACGACGGGCUCCGAUUUCUCAGAUAUUUCAAUUGACUACUCCGAAGAAGAUGAGGAUGAGCAUCCCAUGCUUUGCGAUGUGUUGCAAUAUCAUACUGCCAUCGCUCAAAACUGCGAUGUUAGAAAUCUCAUCCAACAUGCCAUGCUAAAGGAAUAUAUUUAUUUGGUCGAGGAAUACCCUGCGCUGCGUAAAAGGGACCGUUUUUCUGAGGGAAGUGAUCACUCAGUGACAAAAAUAGACCAACGAGUGGAACUGCUUACCUCCGCAUUCAGCGUCGAUGAAAUCUGUGCCCAUCUCAACUUGAGCCCAACUUUACUAAAGCAAGAAUUUAGCAGAACUUUUCACGAUCGCCUGACUUACUUUUUCAAAUAA